CAAAGGUUUCUGUAUUACCUACAUAACCCCAAAAUUUUUAACCCAAUUUGAGUCAUGUUUUCUAAACAAAUUAUUUCAACUUUCCAAAAAUUUACAAGUGCCCAAAGUGGUCUCAUUGCAAAUCAUAAUGUCCGUUCUUUGUUUCUCACCAGUCAGAGACAGAGGGAGGUUGUCGACAGAAGAGAAAUGCUUCGUUCUGUUCCAAAAUUAGACGAGGGAAGUGCUGGGGAAAAAGCCUUUGAAGUUGAUGCACUGAUCCACCAAAAAACAGAUAUUUUUCCAGAUGCUGAUACUCCAAAUAGGCUUUUCAAUGGUAUUCCAUUUAAGAACUUGCCUAUAAUGAACAUAAGAGUAUCCCCAAAUAACACAAUAAUUACUAUGACCGAUGAUAAGGGUGCUGUGAAACUGCUGAGGUCUUGUGGUAUUGAGGGCUUUAAGAACACGAGAAAAGGGACGAACAUAGCGGCACAAGCCACGGCAAUUACUAUAGGAACAAAAGUUUUAGAAAGAGGAAUAAAGACAGUUAGGGUGCGUGUGAGGGGGCUAGGACCUGGCAGAAUGUCGGCGAUUAAAGGCUUGCAAAUGUCAGGCCUAGAGAUUGUUUCAAUAACAGACAGCACUCCAGUAUCUUGGAACCCGCCAAGGCCGCGAAAGGCGAAAAAGUUGUAAUUUGGCUUAGUGUAUAUAAUUCGUUGUGUCCCCUUGCAUCCGCAAGGCAGAAAUAAAAAGGAAAAAUCAAUUAUAAUCAAUCUAUUGAAAUAAUUAUCAAUAAAGCGUCAUCUGGUGGCA